GUACUAUUUUCAGAUUGACAGCUAUAAACAAUGGCAAACGACACCCCUGAAAGCGAUUUUUCAAUCGAAUGUUUUCAAAAUUAUUCAGCACCAGAGGUUUUCGUUCAGGGUCUGGCUGGUAUGGUCGAUCAGAGCGAUGUAGAAUCAAUUAUUCGUGCUCAAAAAACUAUGUUACAAAGGUUUGAGAAAACAACAGAAAUGCUCACAAAUUGUAAUCAGUUAUCUGCCAGCCGACUCCGAGCAGCAUCUUUAGAGUUUAAAAAACACACUCAACUGUUGUUAGAUAUGCAAAAAGAUCUAAACUAUAUCUUUAAGAAAAUAAGAGCUAUAAAAACUAAGUUGAGCACACAAUACCCAGAUGAGUAUAAAUUAGCAGUAGCUGCAGCAACAGUUGCAAAUGAGAAGUCAGUGGAUGAAGAAGAUAAGACUGAAAUGAAAUCGGAAACAAAAAUACAAUCAAAAAUGGUUGCUACAGUAUCAACGGAAACACUAAAACCCUCUACUAGCGAUAAGAAAAAGAAGAAAGAUAAAAAUAUAGAUGUAGCUGAGAAGAAGAAAAGUAGUAGUUCCUCUGAUACAGAGAGUGCUAGUUCAGGGGAUGAUAGUAGCACAGAUACUGGUUGAAUUUAGUUUAGUAUAUCUUAGUAAUUAUAUAUUAUAGUUAGAAAAAUGCUAGAUAGUUUAAUUGUAUUAAUUGGUUUUUUUAUAUCAGAAAAAGAAAAAAGGGUCUAACUGCUAUUACAUAAA